GGAUCACGUCCAGGAGAUAUUCUCGGUGUACGGUCCGGUGAAGCUGGUGGACCUGCCGUCGAAGCGGUUCCACUCGGACUGAACCGCGGCUACUGCUAUGUGGAGUACGAGACGGCCGAAGCGCCGAGUCGGCCAUGAAAACAUGGACGGCGGACAGAUUGACGGCCAGGAGGUGACGUGCGCGCCGGUGCUGCUGCCGCGCCCGCGGCCCCGCCGCUCCCCGCCGCCCAUAAUGCGCCGCCCGCUGCCGCCCCGGUACAGCAACCUGCCCAGGUACCGGCGCCGCUCACCGCCGCCGAUGCGCCGCCGCUCGCCGCCGCCGCCGCCGCGCCGGCGCCGCUCGCGGACGCGCUCACGCAGCCCGCGCCGCCGCCGGCAGCCGAGCCGCAGUCGCAGCCGCAGCCGCAGCCGCUCCAGUUCGGCCUCCAGCCGCUAGGGGCGCCGCGGUCGGCCAGGGUACGGGGGCUGGGUGGACGCUGGGAGCGACUCUCCGCCGGCCCGGACUGGCCCGGCUGGACAGUGGGCAGCGGGCCCGCCGCCAGGGACCGCCGGGCGCCGGCUGGUUCGGCCGCCUGCCGAUAGGCGGCGGACGGUUCCGCAGACUCUCACCAGAUGGCAGGAGGGGUGGUGUGCAGUGGCUACCCGCGCGGUUCGAGUGCAGAAUGCGUGGGCUCGUCGACUGGGCUUGUCACAUGGGUGGAGCCUCUGUGCUUGUGCUCUGGUGGGGAGGCACUCAUUAGUAAAAUCAGAAAGUUCUGGAUUCAUAAGCCCUUGUCCCAUUUGCACGAACUCAAAGCGUGAAUGAGUGUCCAUCAGACCGUCGGGCCCAUUUGCUGUCGCAUGCCGUCGUCUGUUGGCAGUGUGGCGUCAUCGCUGAUCAUCACCCCUAGUUUCAGCCACCGACAUCCGCGCGUGUGCCUGUCUGUCUGUGUGUGGGAGCCAGAGAAGUCACCUCUCCAUCUCAGCGAGGGCCCCGUCCGCCAUUUCGGAACAAAGUCGGGGCCCGCUGGAAUCAUUUUAGCGCGUGUGUUUGUGUCUCUUCUGUCAAUACACUGGAUUCGGCCGCCA